AUGGAUCGCGUGACCCGCAAACCGGUGUUCAACUCUCCCUACUUUGCCCGCAUCUCGGGCCUGGCCCUAGAUGGCGACACCAGCUAUACAUACGAGAUGGUGGGCAUCGGGCAGGAGGGCCGCGGUACCUGGGGCCGGGAUCAAUGGCAGGCGGGGCCCAGGGCGGCCAGGACUGAGCUGGACACGGCCGGGCCGGAGACCACCUACCGCCGUUGGGUCACCUGCGAAGACCAGUGCACCCCGCAGCGCCCCUGGAUGGAAGAGGACAAGGAGGAGGAAGAGGUGAAGCCUCAUUUCUGGGGUGCCCCAACGGGCGGGACGCGUCGUCACCUGGACGGGGAGCACUGGACGGCGAACCCCCAGGACCAGGGGAUGUUGAGAAGUAGCAUAUCCCCGGGGUACCGGACCCCAAGUCCGGGGGAGCCCAGGAACCCCAAACCCACAACUCUGGAGGACAACGCGGUGGACACGGAACAAAUCAACUUCAAGGCGGCGCGGGAACAAUUUCUCAGUCUGGAACGUGCCAACUCGGGGAUCCCCCCAGCGCCCCAGUCCAAGGGGGCUACCCCGCGCGUGAGCCAGACCCCCAAGGCCUGGAACCGGCCUCCGGAGGCCAAAGUCAAGGCGGUGGCCCCCGCCAAGCCGCCCAGGAGAACGUCCACGCCCACGGAAGAGAACAGAGCGCGCGCGCCCUGGUCCGACAGGGCGGAGGCUCCCCGGUUCCCGGAGGCGGCCCCGACGCCCCAAGAGAAGCCAGUGGUCCCCGAGACCCCCAUCGAGAGGGAGAUCCGGCUGGCCCUGGAGCGCGAGGCCGAUCUGCGCGCGCAGAGGGGGAUGCAGCGCUCCGCCAGCCACCAGGAGCUGGUGCAGAUCCCCGCGCGGCCGUCGCUGCUGGCGCUGCCCGACGUGCGCCCCGACGCGCGCCCCGAGCGCCGCCGCGCGUCCCUCUACGUGCAGUGGGACCUGGCGCAGGAGACGCAACGCGAGGCCGAGCACCGCCGGCACGAGCUGCAGCUGGGCCGCGCCCUGACGCCCGACUCGCCCCCGCGGAGCCCCUCGCCCGCGCAGCUGCGGAGAGCCUGGAGCUCAGACUCGCUCCUGGACGCAUCCCCGGGGCGCGCCCCCGCGGAGGCCCGCGCCGGGGCGAGGAAGGUGCAGCGGAUCCCCCCCGACGCCUACCACCCCUUCAUGAGCCCCAGCUCCCCGCCCAGGGUCGCGGGGCCCCCGGCCUCCUCCUCCUCCUCCUCCUUCUCCUCCUCCUCGGGCCUGGGCGGCGCUGGCCCAGCCCAGGUCUCCAAGGCCCCUGCGCCCGGCUCCUGGGGGCCUGUCCUGGAGUCUUCUAGAAAGUCCUGGGGCCCCCAGGAAGAAGGCAGCGCGCAGGGAUCUCGGGGACCCCGUCGGACCACCGAUGGGGCGGUGGUGAAGAAGAAGUAUUUCCUCCUGCGACCCCUGCGCUUUGGGGUCUCGGCUGUGGCGCCCCGCAAGGAGGCCCCCCUCAAGGAGGCCCCCCGGGACGCCGCCCCCGCUUGGAGGCUGCAACGGUCCGGGUCGUCCGAGCUGCUGGAGAGGGAGGUGGAGAACGUACUGCGGAGGGAACGCGAGUUGGAGGAGGAGCGGCGUAGCGCCCUGUACCCCGAGGUCUUCUCGCCCUCCCCCGACUUCGGGGACAGUGACCCCGACUCCAGGAGCUCCUCCCGCGCGUCCGGGAUCACGGGCAGUUACUCUGUCUCGGAGUCUCUGACCUCCCCCAUCCGCCUCCACUCGGGCCUGGUGUGGACAGCCGAGGAGCCAGCUGAGGCCUCAGAGCAGAGGAGCAAGGAUCGCUGGUAUGCAGGCCUCAAUCCCUCGGACUACGUUAACUCGGAGAUUCUGGAAUCCACGCGGGUCCCCCACCACAAGAGCAUGAUGGCCCAGCGAUGGGAAUCCGGCAUCUACUUUAGUGAGGAUGAGAACUGAGGCUGCCGGGCCCUGUGGGAACUGCCAAGGACCGACUGCCA